AUUUGAUAAGACAGAGAAACUUGGGAUUUAAGGAAGAAGCUUGAGACACAAGCACUAGAAUGUAGACGUGAUAUGACAUGACUUGAGUUCAAUUCAACUAAACUUUGUUGAAAUUAUGCUAAGUGUUCGGUGCAACUACUUACCUCAACUAAGUCUUUGCUCCCUUUCAAUGUCUCAAGUUCUUCUCAAUUUUGGAUGCGCAAAAAGAACUAGUUAGAUUUUUCAAGUUUAUAACUUAUGGCGUGGAAUAUCAAGAAACAUGAUUACGCAAUAUAAAAAGUAGUCAUAAAACUAAUUAUGUUUUCAUGGGUUAAUAUUUUUUAAAAUAUCAACUGUUGUUAAUAACUAAAACAAACUUUAAAGGGAUACUAGAUAUUAUCAUUUGGAGGUUAGGUGUUUAAUCUAAUUUCUAAAUCUACGUCAUAUUUUUGAAAAUGCAUGGUAUCAUGCUCCGAUGUCCAAUAACAUUUUUAACAUAUAUUUUCUGCCAACAUUUUUGAGGUUGAUCAACUCUUAAAAUAGAAGAAAACUAAACCAUGGUUUUCCAUUUGAAGUGUGAAAGGAAGCAAGAAAACAUAUCCAACGAACUGAUAAAGACACUUAAAUAUAUUGGUGACCGGUAAUUUAAAUUUUCUUUUGAAUAAUCAGCACCUAAUUCUUCCAACCCUAAAUAAUUUAGUAAAAAAAUUAACUUCCAUUUAAUUUAACUAUAAAAGGGAUCUUUCCCUCUUCAUUAUUCUCUCAAACCCUUCUCUCAUAUCUAAUCACCUUAUAAACCUUAAUCUCAAAAAUUUCAUAAGCUCAAAGCUUAAACACAUUUGAUGACGACUGUCCACACAUUCUCUAUUUUAUUGUUCCUUUGUUCCCUUUUCUCGGCUUCAUUGAUUAUCGCCAAAGUCCAACACCAUGAUUUUGUCAUACAAGAGACGCCGGUGAAGAGGCUGUGCAAGACCCGUAACGCCAUCACCGUCAACGGAAUGUUUCCGGGGCCUACGCUCGAAGUCAACAACGGCGAUACUCUUGAAGUCAAAGUGCAUAACCGUGCUCGUUACAAUAUCACCAUCCAUUGGCAUGGGGUGAGGCAGAUAAGAACUGGAUGGGCUGAUGGGCCUGAAUUCGUAACCCAAUGCCCGAUCCGACCCGGAAAGAGCUACACGUACCGUUUCACUAUCCAAGGCCAAGAAGGGACAUUAUGGUGGCACGCUCACAGCUCCUGGCUACGAGCCACUGUCUACGGCGCACUCAUCAUCCACCCAACCCCUGGUUCCUCUUUUCCUUUCCCUAAACCAGACCGCCAAACCGCACUCAUGCUCGGGGAAUGGUGGAAUGCAAAUCCGGUUGAUAUCAUUAACCAAGCUACUCGAACCGGAGCUGCUCCGAAUAUAUCCGACGCUUAUACCAUCAAUGGCCAACCCGGUGAUCUCUAUAAAUGCUCAACCAAAGAGACUGUUGUAGUACCGAUAAAUUCAGGGGAAACAAAUCUCGUACGAGUGAUCAACGCAGCUUUAAACCAACCGCUAUUUUUCACGGUGGCUAACCACAAGCUCACUGUGGUUGGAGCCGACGCGUCUUACCUCAAACCAUUCGCCACAAAGGUCCUUAUGUUAGGUCCAGGCCAAACUACUGACGUACUUCUAACCGCCGACCAACCGCCAAAACGCUAUUACAUAGCAGCAAGAGCUUAUCAAAGCGCCCAAAACGCACCGUUCGAUAACACCACAACUACUGCCAUCCUCCAAUACAAGAAAACGAGGGCCACUUCUAAACCAAUCGUGCCGGUUUUGCCUGCCUUCAACGACACCAACACCGUGACGUCUUUCUCAAGGAAGUUCAAAUCUCUCCGAAACGUCGUCGUACCGAAAACAAUCGACGAUAAUUUGUUCUUCACUAUCGGUUUAGGUCUCGAUAAUUGUCCCAAGAAUUUCCCUAAAAACCGGUGCCAAGGCUUAAACGGAACCCGGUUUACUGCAUCGAUGAACAACGUUUCGUUUGUUCUACCGUCGAAUUUCUCGCUCUUGCAAGCACAUUCCAACGGCAUUCCCGGCGUUUUCACAACGGAUUUUCCGUCUAAACCGCCGGUUAAAUUCGAUUAUACCGGAAAUAACAUAAGCCGGGCUUUGUUUCAGCCGGUUAAGGGUACUAAACUGUACAAACUCAAGUAUGGAUCUCGAGUUCAGGUUGUUUUACAGGAUACGAACAUUGUUACGUCGGAGAAUCACCCGAUUCAUCUUCAUGGUCACGAUUUCUACAUUGUUGGUGAAGGGUUUGGUAACUUUAAUCCCAAGAAAGAUACUUCUAAGUUUAAUCUUGUUAAUCCUCCACUUAGAAACACUGUGGCUGUUCCUGUUAAUGGAUGGGCUGUUAUAAGAUUCGUGGCAGAUAAUCCAGGGGUUUGGUUGAUGCAUUGUCACUUAGAUGUUCAUAUAAAGUGGGGUUUGGCUAUGGCGUUCUUGGUCGACAAUGGUGUCGGAGAAUUGGAGACUCUUGAAGCUCCUCCUCACGAUCUACCUAUUUGCUAGUUUCAAUAUAAAAGAGGCACUUCUAAUAGAAGAAUAUUCAGAUUUUGGUAUUGUACUGGAUUAAAUCUAUUCAUGGAAGAUAAAUGUCCUUGUCAGUUUGCGUAGAUAAAUUGUUGUAUGUGUUCAAUGUCAAUCAUAGACUAUAUAGUAUAUUGUUUCUGUCUUCUCAAUUGUUGGAGCUAUGAGAAAAUUGAUAUUGAGCA